AUGGCACGCAUAACCAAACUUGAAGUUGGGUGCUCUCUUCUGGGCGCCCUCUUUCUGGUUGCAUCGUUGAACCUGGUCAGUGGAGGUGAAACGGCAAAAAUCGAGAACAUUUUCCAGUUCAAUGCUUCGAGCAACGGAAGCGAGGUCUCUUUCCAGAAGUACAAGGGCUAUGUCUUGUUAGUUGUCAAUGUCGCCUCUGAAUGUACGCUCACUGAAACCAACUAUCGACAGCUGUCGGAGCUGCACAAUCGCUAUGAGAGCGAAGGCCUGCGAAUCGUCGCUUUCCCAUGUAAUCAGUUUGGAGGACAAGAGCCAGGGGAUGACGCUACUAUCCGAAAGUUUUUGGCGAGCAAGAAUGUGAAGUUUGAUGUCUAUGACAAAAUUGAUGUCAAUGGCGAUAAUGCUCACCCGAUUUACAAGUGGCUCAAGUCUAAGCUCAAGGGAAUUCUGUAUACUGAAGCUAUCAAAUGGAACUUUACAAAGUUUCUGUUGGACUGCUAUGGCCACCCUGUCAAGCGAUACGGACCAUUCGAUGAGCCAAAGAACAUUGAAGAGGACAUAAAGACAGAGCUGAAAAAGAGAGCUGAAAUGCUUAAGAUGGUGGCAAAAAACAACAACACCGAGAGAGCUGGCGAACUAUAA